GUUUGGGGAUUGGAUUGCGCUGAAUCGUGUUUUUCUAAGUUUGAUUGUGUUUGCUUUAGUUAUACGACGUCGUUUUCUCUCUUUUUAGCCAUAUAGUUUACUGCAGAUUGCAUCUAGAGUUCCUUUAAAGUGAUGAAAGUUGAUCUAACUGGAUGAUUGAAAUGUGUUUAGAUUCAGAUAUGUUGCUAUAAGCUGUUGUUUUCGGGAAUGUCGAAAACAUGUUUCGAUUUGGAAUUAUUGACUGUGUGUUCUUGCUUCUCUUGUUAUAUAUGGGCUGAGGUGUGCAUUUCAUGGGAGGUUUAGAGGAUGAAGAACCAGCCUCCAAACGCAUGAAAGUAUCGCUAGAGAAAUUGAAGGGACUGUCAAACGGUUCAGCUGUGGUAGAGCGUUUGGGGGGCUCUUCAAGAGACUUGAUGGCUCGCCCCCUACAAUCCGAAGGGGACAGUGGUGAUGUUAUUGGUACUAAGGGAGUGAUAAGAAGAGUAGAGUUUGUUAGAAUAAUAGCCAAUGCAUUGUAUUCUCUUGGUUACGAGAAGACUGGUGCUUAUCUAGAAGAGGAGUCCGGGAUACCCCUAUAUUCUCCGGCUGUUAACGUCCUCAUGCAGCAAAUUCAUGACGGGAAAUGGGAUGAAAGUGUUGAAACUCUGCAAAAAAUUGGUCUACCGGAUGAGCACGUUGUUCGAUCAGCUUCUGUUUUGGUAUUAGAACAGAAAUUCUUUGAGCUUGUUGAAAGGGACGAAGUCACUGAAGCUUUGCGGACACUGAGGACUGAGAUUGCUCCAUAUCACAUUAAUGAACACAGAAUUCGUGAGCUCUCCUCCUGCUUGGUUGCUCCGUCAAUGAGGGCUCAAGUCAAUUCAUACAGUCAACAAAGUGCUAAGGCCAAGGCUCGCACACAAUUGCUGGAGGAAUUGCAGAAACUUCUUCCUGCAUCUCUUAUGAUACCGGAAAAAAGGUUGGAAUAUUUAGUUGAACGCGCCCUUUUGUUACAACGCGAUGCUUGCACUUUCCAUAACUCCUUAAGCAACGAGAUGUCGUUGUAUACAGAUCAUGAUUGUGGGAAAAAUCAGAUUCCUUCUCAAACUUUACAGGUGUUACAAGAUCACGACGAUGAAGUUUGGUUUCUACAAUUUUCUCACCAUGGGAAAUACUUGGCUUCAUCUUCCAGUGACCGAUCAGCGAUUAUAUGGGAGGUAGACUUAAAGGGAAGACUUUCUUUGAAGCACAAACUGUUAGGUCAUGAGCAACCGAUCUCUAUGGUCUCGUGGAGUCCUGAUGAUAGUCAGCUACUCACAUGUGGGGUGGAGGAAGCUGUCAGGCGUUGGGAAGUCGCCACAGGCGAGUGCCUCCAUGUUUAUGAAAAAGCUGGUCUUGGACUGGUUUCUUGUGGCUGGUUUCCCGAUGGAAAGCAUAUACUCGCAGGCGUUAACGAUAAGAGUAUCUGCAUGUGGGAAUUAGACGGGAACGAGUUGGAAGGUUGGAAGGGUCAAAGAACUCUUAAGAUAUCCGACUUGGAAAUAACCAAUGAUGGGAAGAAGAUUAUCAGUAUCUGUAGAGAGACUGCAAUAUUGCUGCUCGACAGGGAGUUGCUCAUCGAUAAAUUGAUCGAAGAGGAUCAAACAAUAACAUCUUUUCAAUUGUCGAGGGAUAAUAAGUUCCUACUAGUAAAUCUUAUGAACCAAGAAAUCCAUCUGUGGAGUUUGGAAGGCGAGGCCGAGUUAGUUACAACAUACACAGGUCACAAGCGCACCCGAUUUGUGAUUCGGUCCUGUUUUGGAGGGCUCAACCAGGCGUUUAUUGCAAGCGGUAGCGAGGACUCACUGGUAUAUAUAUGGCAUAGAGGGACAGGGGAGGUAAUAGAGGCAUUGGAAGGGCACUCAGGGUCAGUGAACUGUGUGAGUUGGAAUCCUGCAAAUCCACACAUGUUGGCAUCGGGGAGUGACGACCGUACGAUUAGAAUAUGGGGGUUAAGAGGGGUGGAUGCGGUGAAAUGCAAGAAUAAUAUUGAACAAUACAGCAAUAGCAAUGGCGGCAUCCUCCAUUAUAGCAAUGGCAAUGGCAAUGGAGGAACUUGUUGAAGAACAAAAUGCUUCCUUUUUUCUUCACUCACACCCAUUUGUAACCCUUUUUAUUCUGUAAAUACUCUUCCCUUCAGUUGUUUCUUUCCAAGUUGACAUUCAAUGUCCUUCAAUAUGCAUCAUGAAGUCAUCUCUAUUUAAUAAAAUCCCCCUUUUUUAAAGAAAAA